GGGAAAUUGAAACUAAAUCGAUGCCCGAGUGAUCGAACUUCAAAAUAAGCUCUUCCAUGGACACAUCUGCGGAUCCACUGUCAAGUGAGCACAAUGGAGAACAGAGUGGAGACACCAUGCACUGUGAGGAUCAGCUCAAAACCACAUUGCACUGUGAUGACAAGGAGAAGCUACGCAGGAAGCUGGCACUGUUACAGAGGGAGUACCUGAGGACAGCUGAGAGACUGCAGCGGGCUGAGCGAAUGGACGCAGUGCGGAGACAUGUGAGGAGCAGGAUCAGUCAGCAGAACCAGGACCAGAGAGACCCAGAGGUGACAUCCAACCCCUGUCUCAACCCAUCACCAUUGAUACUGAACAUCACCAGAGGGACGGAUCCAAGCGUAGCUCAGAGCCAGGGACACACGGGAGCUCCAGCAAAAUCUGAUGAGUCCAGGAGGAGCCCGGUGAUCAGGUUCCUGCUCCCCUCUGAUGCCGCUUCGCCACAGACACCAGAUCCCCGCCAUGACCCAGCUGGAGGUCACAGACCCAGUCCCGCCCUGCGCCUCAGGUCUCGACGCAGCCGCCUGCGCUGGGAAAGGAGGAGCGCCGAGGCUGGCGGGAGCGCGGACGACAACAGCGAGGAAAGACGGGAGCAGAGCGAAAGGAUGGAGACUGUUGGAGCAGAAGGAGGUGAAGACAGAGUCCAAACGGAGGGAACGGAGGUUGUGAAUGAGAGCGAAGAGCUGUUUUCUUGUAACGACUCUGAGUCUCAAUCUCUGCUGCUUCCACACUGGAACACUACUGGACCAACUGAAACAGGAGAUAACAAGGGAAAAGAGAAACAAGGACGGCAAGAACUAAGGGAAAAAGACACCGAGCUCACAUGUAAGAACGCUGCUAUAAACGCUGAAGAAGGGGAACGAGAUUGCAACAAAAAUAGAACAAGAACUGGUGAUAAUAGUAGAGAGCAAAGGGAUGGAAGGCUGUAUGAAGUCAGCAGCAAUAAAGACACUGAGCAAAAUGCAGCAGAGCAAAAAGAAAGUGAAAAAAGUCAACAUAAUACAGCGGAAAUAAAAGAAGAGAAAGGUGAGCUGGUUGGAGGAGAGCAUGGCGUAAAGGGUGUUAGUCUCCUGGACUCCUGUACCUUAGUAGAAGGACUACUUUUCCCAGCGGAGUACUACGUCCGAACCACGAGACGGAUGACGUUUGCGCAGAGCCAGCCCGACAUGCAGGCCGUCAUACUCUCCCAGCUGAGCACGGGACGACCUCGCAGGAGCCGGGGCAGAGCAUCGAACAGGCGAACAAACAACCACGAACGUCGGGAUGAACACACUCCGACAGGUUUGUCCUCACCUGCGUCUGUCGGCCCUCGUACGGAAUCACAAUCCGCCGAGCUGAACAGUCAGAGCUCCAGUGAGAUUUCAGAUCAAAUCUCAGCUCGUCAAACAGACACAGAUGCUUGUUUUUCUCCCACGGUGGCCACUGCUCGUCCAGAAAGAGGUAUGAGGAGGAGAAGAGGUCGAGGCAGAGGUCGAGGCAGAGGCAGAGGGAGAGGGAGACCUCCGACCCCACGAUGCUCUCUUAGUUUAGACACACAGCAACAACUAGGCCUCGGACAAACCUCAGACGACCUCCAGCCCAUCAGCUCCCCGGCCUCCUCCUCCCCGUCUCUUCUUGGAGCUGAUGGACCAAAGUUCUGCGUCGCUCCGGGAGACGCUGUUCCAGUGCAGGGAGACACCCGGCCUUCAUCUGGAGUUAAUGUAGAUCAGCCCAGCUCUGCUUCUGAACACCUAAAGAAGGUCUUCCCCAUCUUUCUGAAGAGCAGCAACGGGAAUAACGGAUCAAGUCAGAUGAGUGGAAGAAGCGCAUCAAGCUGGCGUUCUCUCCUCCUGCCGUCCUCUCCACCCGCCCCAUCGCCUCUGUUUCCUCUGCCGUCUCUGUCCCUCGGCCCUCUGGUCCAAAACCUGAUGAACUUUGACAUUCCGCAAGACUUCCAUCUCCCUGAUGACCAGUUCGCCUCCCUGAAGCUGCACAAGCUCCGCCAGGUCGCCGUGGAUUCGGGAGUUGAACAUUUUACACCGCCGUCCUACAACACACGCAGAAGCAUCCGGCGCUCGACGCCUCUUCCAUUCCCGCUCAGCCUCACGCCCACCGUCUCAAAUACGCCCCAUCCCACCAAAGCAAAGCAGGCUGCUGCAAAGUCCGCCGACCUGCAGAACUCGUCAAUAGAAAACAAGCUCAUUGAUAAAUUGGCAAGCCAGCCCUCCGCUGAGGAGUCAACUGGACGGGAUAUUACAGAAGUCCCUGGAGAGCAGCAGAUUGAAAACCUUCAGCCAUCGUGUCAGACUCACACCAAAUCAACAGAACCGGAGUCAGUGGUUCAAGAUUGUGCCGCUGAUUGUGCAGAUCAAUAUAAAGAACGAGAUACUGUGAUUCUUAGUGUGGACAAUCCCGUCAAACCACAGCUUCCCUUCGACUUUUCAAACAGACCUAUCAAAGUAAAUAAUAGUGAUUUUGUCACCAGUCCCUCGGAUGAACUUCAAAUAAAAGAGUCUUCUGUCAUUUCAUCAGAAGAACGAUCAGAUUGUCCUGGUUUAGUCGAUGCUUCGGAGGAUCGGAGGUCUUCGAACCUCCAAACAGAAAACAAGUCUAUCGUCAGGACUCUUUCCUUUGAUUGUCCUCUACAGAAAACCCCCGAGGAGCCUUCUAACGGCUCCACUGCUGUACAGUUAUGUAACGGCAGUGAAGCUCCGGGGGAGUCUCCUGUGCAGCAUCUGACUGUGGAAUCUCCUCUUAAAGAUUCAAAGGAAGACUCCGAACUCACCGCAAGUCCUCCCAGAGACGGGCCGGUGGAGAAUCCACACCAGGUUCCCCACAGAGUCCCGUCUCAGCUCCUGUUGAGUCCUCCUCUGGCAUCGCCUCCCUGCCCUUCAGUGACCCCGCACCUGCCCUCCUCCGCUCUCCUCUCCAGCCCCACGCUACCCUCACUAGGAUUCAGCCCCCACCUGCUCCGCCCCGCCCUCCGUCUGACCUCCUCCCCCUCCGCCCCGGCUCUCACUCUGCCUCCCCCUCAUAGCCCGACCACCCGGGCCCUCUCCCCUCCAGAUCUCUCUCCUUGUCCGUCCGUCCCUCCUGGCAGGCCGACCGCCUCCCCGUGCACAGACGAUCAGUCCCACGGGGUUGAGCCUCCGGACUGCCCGACACUCUCCAGCGUCCAGUCUCAGGGACCAGGUGGGCAGGUGGAGACGGCGGAGGAACACAUGAUGAGAUGCACAAACACACUGAAGGCCCCAGCAGGAGGCAGUCUGGUGGAUGCGUGCUGUCUGCGCGGCUCCUCUGGCGGUUUGUGUGUCGCUGCAGCCGGAGCGUGGGCCGUGUGUCUCUGGAGUCGGACUGCAGCCGCUGAUUGGACGUUGACACACACCUGGGCCUUCAAUAAGCCGGUGAUCAAUGUGUUUCCCGUCCCGAAUGCUGCUGGCCUGAUGUGUGUGACUCUGGGUCAGCUGGAAAUCAGAGAAGUGAGGUUGCUUUCGUGCUCCAGCCUCUCGCAGGCGGCGCUCUGUGAGGGCGUCGUUCAGGCCGUCGUCGGUGUGUCCAAGUCCAGAGUGGUCACCUCCUCCCACUCAGCAUCUGGAUCCACACUGCAGGUGUUUACGCUGUCAGACAGCAGCAGCACAUCGAGCUCUCAGCCUCUCGUGUCUCCUGGUGUUUGUAUCGGGGCUCUCGCACCAGUGGACGGACUUUCUGAUGCUCUGAUUGGCUCAAAUGAGGGCGGACACCUCUUCGUCUGGAAUUUAAAGACUGGACAGCUGCUGCGGAGAAUAACCCUCGGAGAUGGUUUGUCCCACAUGGCCUGUCUCAGAGGAUACUCCUACUGUGGAGUGUUAUUUGUCCUGCUGCAGCAUCAGUUGCUCAGCUCCCUGGAGGACGAAGCCAAAGAGAAGGACGAGGAGGCGGAGAAGGCCGCCCUGUUCUCGCUGGUCGCCGUUAACCCUCUGACUGGAAGAUCUGUCCUGGCAUCUCGGUUGCAUCCGCCCAAAACCUGGACCGGCAGGCUGUGUGAAGCAGACGUCAGCGGCUCCAGCGUGGUGGGCUUGAGUCAGAGCGGAUGUGUGUGCGUGUGGGAGCUCGGGAGUCGGGGGGCCUCGAGGAUGGCGGGCCCCGAGAGCAACGGCUGGACGCUGGCUCGAUGGGGAGAAGGAGGUACGCUGGUGACCGGUCAUCACAACGGAGACGUUACUUUACACCGUCACAGUACGGAGCGGACUUCACUGUGUCUGGACUCAGUAGAGUAAAGACUCUGAUCACUUUUAUUAAAUACAAACUUCCAUCUAUCACUGUAUUAUUGUUUACAUGGAGAUUUUAACCUUUUAAAAUACUUCACAUGUGGUUCUGUGGGUUCCUUUAAAGACAUUUCAGCUUGUUGAAACUCUAAUUCAUAUUUCUGUAACCUCUAGACAACUGUACGACUAAAAUAAAGGCAUUUAUAUACUGUAUUUAUUAAAUAACAUCAUUUCAACAAAACUGAAAAAAAAAUUCCAGCCUUGGAAAAUGUCUACACUGUUUUUAGAGGACCAGUAUCACUUGAAUAAAUUGUUAUAUAUCUUAUAUUUCAGAAAAAGAAGU